UCACAGGGCUACAGAAUGCUACGUAGCUAAUGAGCCAAUAUACAACAUCCCGGACUGGAGCUAUUUAUCUGAGCGUGAGCCCUGGAAAUUAAAACUAAAGGUUAGAAAGCAAGAAUAUUUGUGAUUGAUUUGCUUCGGCUCUCGUGAUAAAUACCCGUAUACAGCCUAUAUAUACGGGGGGGGGGGAACCAACCGGACAGACGGCUGUCUGUAAGCCUGCACGCUCACGCCUUCUCCGCUACUGUAACGUUAGUUAGCUAGAUAACGCGCUCCUUUGAUUAUUAGCUAUCCAGUUUGAACAUGGCCACAGACGAGCUCUCGUCCAAGCUAAGCCGUCGGCUGCAGAUCGAAGAAGGAGCCGAGGACCCCGUUGCUGUGGACGUCCCCGGACACCAGAACGGGUCGGUAGAGAAACCGAGUACGGCCAACGCAGACUCGGAGCUGGGCGCUAAACUGAUGCGGCGAGAAGGGCUGAACGAGGGGCAGGGUGAGCACUGUCAGCCCAGCAUGAAGGUGUUCAACCCUUACACCGAGUUCAAAGAGUUCUCCCGAAAGCAGAUCAAAGACAUGGAAAAGAUCUUCAAAACGUAUGAUGUUGAGAAAGACAACUUCAUUGACCUGAUGGAGCUGAAGUUGAUGAUGGAGAAGCUCGGAGCGCCACAGACACACCUUGGUUUGAAGAACAUGAUGAAGGAGGUGGACGAGGACCUGGACAACAAGCUCAGCUUCAGAGAGGUGAAACAGGAAAACCAGAUUAGUAUCAGUCAGAGGAUGCGAUAUUCCUUCUCUGUAUAUCCAUGUCUCUGUUCUUCCUGUCCUCCUCAGUUCCUGCUGAUCUUCAGGAAGGCAGCAGCAGGAGAGCUGGCAGAGGACAGCGGCCUCAGUGUCCUCGCUCGCCUCACUGAAAUCGAUGUCUCCACAGAGGGGGUCAAAGGAGCCAAGACCUUCUUUGAAGCCAAAGUCCAGGCCAUCAAUGAGUCCAACCGGUUUGAGGCAGAGAUCCGCCAGGAGCAGGAGGCCAAGAAGAAGCAGGCCGAGGUGCAGAAACAGAGAGGAGCUGCUUUCAGAGAACUGCAGUCAGCCUUCAAGUGACCGCCUCUCUCUCUCCUCUCAGGACCUUUCACUUUCUGUGCUGUACUAAUGUUUGUCAAUGUGUGUGUUUGAACGCUGCAUGUAUGUCAUAGUCCUGAGUCAAACACAGGCUCAAAGUCCCACACAUGCUGGUCACUAGUCUACGAUACAAUGGACUGGAUACAUGAUGAAAAAUCAGCACUGUCUAUGCUUAUGCAGAUAACAGAUAAAGAAUCAUUCAUUCAUCUAUCUAGAAUCAUCUAUUUAUUUAGCUCUUUAGCUCAGUAACACACUCAAAUAAGUUCAUACAAGUUUAGUGCAACUAUAGCAGGAUUUCCAGUAGAGCAGUCUGUAAUGAGCGAAGUGAAUGGAUAAUUCUUACAGUAUCUGUCAGCCACCACUGUGUCCCCAACAUCAAAGAGCCAAUUUUUACCCAGAAUAUCAGCACUGCGGCCCACUGUGUCGGCGCAUUUGGGGCGCUGACGCAGAGGGCUCCAGCAAAAAAUGGUUAAAAUUAUUGUCAGUAGUAAAUUCCUGCUGCCAUCUAACGAACUUUCAGACUCAUGGAUUUGUUACUCCAGUCGGCCUUUCUGAACCGUAUACGAUUGUCUCAUCUGUCCCUGAAACACAGCCACAUGUUGUGGGCUGAUUUCAGUCUGAACAGCCAGCACCUGCUGUGUUUGGAACUUAAAUCUGUAAAACUGUAGCUAAAAUGACCCAGUGUCCAGUUAGUAUUUGCGUAGAAUAGUGAUGAAUGCACUUGUUGCACUGUUUCGGCUACAGUGUCAGUCAGCUUGUUUUGAGCUAUAUUUGACUUUGCUCAUUCCAGAACUUAUUAAAUCCACAGUGACACUUUACAGUCAUGUAAUCCGUCUGUCACACAACAUUCAAUUCAGUGUUAAAUGUUGAACAAAUAGCGGAGCUCUACAUUUUUACUGUCAGCUCUGUAUUUUUGUACAAUGGGGUUGGGUGGGUAUUGAGUAGAUUUUGGUACUUGUGGUUUGGGAUGGUUGUGGUGUUGGUCAGUCUUCAGCGUCAUAUUUUGCGUGGGCCCUCUGAAAUACAGUGUUUGUUUGUUUUUGUUUUUUAGAAACGUGGGUCUUUCUUUUCUAGUUUCGGAAAUUAUUCCUAUCCUAUCAGCUCUGUCAACAUUUUAUUCACCAACUUCAGUGCUGAGAUCUGGGGAUGCAGUGACUUCACUGUUGACUCUGCUUUAAUUUGGAGUUCACACCAACCACAUGAGCCAUCAGACAGUUUAAAACUAUCAAAAUCAGGAAGUUAAAGUUAAACAUUCGCAUUUUCCAGGCACUGCUUCCUGGUUCAGGUUGUUUACCAUAGUUGGACAUAAAAACAAACAUUUAGAUUGUGUUCACUUUAGCUUUCAUUUUCAGAUCACUGGAUUAGUGGUUUGGACUCAAGUACCCACAGCUCAACAAUGAAUUCAGUGAGUAAAAUGUGUUCAUACCUGAUAGGAAUGAUAGCCAAAACUAUGCAAAUAAGGCACAGGCUUCUCUUUUUUUUAAAAAGAAACGUUCCCACGGUAUGCGCUCUCCCCUGGAUGAAUCUGGAGAUUUUACACAGAAUAUCACAUGUGCCAUGAUAGCAGUUAGACCAGUACCACUUACGGUGUUUAAAAGCUUACACUGCUUUACAUGUUUCGUUGUUGUCUGGCUGUAAAUGUUGACCUUCUGGCAGUGUGAUCAGUGUGUGUCAGUACUCUGUAGCUUGCCACGGGUGGUAAGGGAAGGGAAGUGUGAGUUCCUGCCGAGAUGUGAAUAGUGCUUCCUCCUGCUAUAUUCAUGUCUUAUCAAAAUAAGAAGAGUGUUACUUUCUCUUACCAUGAUCAUCAAAUCCUUCGUCAUGAAUUGAAACCAGCCUUGAAUGCUAAUCAGCUCAUUUCCUGUGGUCCUUCCUUGUUGUGAGAUCCAGUUUGUGGGGCUUGUGUAUUGCUGUCUAAUCAGGUAAAUCUUUUUUGCUAAGAGAUGCACAAUUUGCACUUUCUUGGUCAUUUGAUGUUUCAUAAUCAAGAGAUAGUAGAUUUAACUUUAAUUCAACAUUAUCUUCCUGUCUUUGAAACUUAAAGUGUUAUUCCUGAAGAUCAUUUGGUGGAUUGUGCUCGUGGAUGCACAGUAGCAACCUUAAGCAAUUCAGCAUAAUUUCUAUUACACCAUAGAGUAUACAGAUAAUGGACCGCCAUUACAGUUUACAAUAGAAGAAGGAAGUGCUGCAUGGCUCUGAUUGGCUGAUCUGACAGGUGCUCUUUAGCAAGACUUCCUGGAUUCUGUUUUUUGUAUUUUUACCUGCCCCACUAGACAUAAAGUAGUGCAAAAAACCAAGGCGCACUCCAUCUUCAGAUGCAAUAUUAUAAAUGUAUCCUUUGAGCAUAAGGUAAUCAAACAGACCAACGCGUAUCGACUCUAGGUCUUGGACUGCCAUUAUUUGAAAGAUAAUCCAUUAGUAACGUGAUCUUUUUUCUUUUUUUUUUUUAACAAAAACUCAUCUUUCAUGAUUUAAAAAAUGUGUAAGUACAAAUUACAAACAUAAUUUGUUGUAAUGCAAUCCAUAUAACCUAAUCAUAAACUAUGUCAUAGAGAUAACCUUUGCUCCAUUAAUUUCCUUACUCAAUGACGACCUAACAGUUGACUUCCUAUUUGUUGCCAUGGUAAUGUUACUGCAAGGCAGGUGCAUUUUUAUAAGGGAGCAAACAGCCUCACCUUUAUCCCCAAUUAGUCCAUCUCUGGUGUUGAAUCCCAAAUGCUUCCACACUUUACUUCUCAGAUGGUUUGGUGUCAUCGUUACUUGUUCAGUAUGGCUCGCUAGUUUCCUCUAUUUUGCGUUAAUGAAGCAAACAACAAAUAGUGAGUUACUGACGGCAACAGGGCAUGCAAUAGGUCAGAGUGACAGUGCAUUUUAUGAAUGCCUUGCAGUAAGGUUACUGAAUGUUUUCAAUAGUUUACAAAUGAAUAGUGUGAAUUAUCUGUAGAGCUAAUGGACUCUUCCACAUACACAUCUAUAAAUGGAUCAUUUCCUGUCAAUAGUGGACCAGCAAUGGGGAAAACUGCAUGUGUAGGACUGGGUGCUAACUAAAUAUUAGUGUUUAUUGACUUGGAAUGACUUAUUAUAGUGAAUUGAUUAUAUUGUCGUAUCUUUUACAAAAUUCUGUCGUCCAAAUUCCAAGCAACUGAAAAAAAACAAAAACAUUUUACUGAUGUGAUGUUUUACAGCGAAAGACGUUGGCAUACACCGUCAUAUUGUAGGUCAUCUUAUGUGUCAGAAACAUAUACGUAUAAGUAUCACAUUUUUAUAUGAUCUUCAGGAUUAUCACUUUAAAUAAUCAAAAUCGGAUAUCUUUAAUUUUACUAUCAUGGCACAGAGCAAUUAAAAAAAAAAAAAUUAGGACAGAUUUGUUAUCCUUAAUUGUUUGUUUUGGAGCCACUUUGUUAAUGUAUGAGGGACGAACUUUAGGUUAGUACUGUGUAAAAUAAUAUGCAACCUCCCUUAGUGUUAUUUUUUUACAACGCUGUCUGUUGAUGCAUGCCAGCACUUAACAACAUAUUGUGACCGAAAUGUUCUUAAUGAAGAAUCAAAAAAUGCUCACUACCUUUUUUAGGACGAGGGGUGUCUUUGAAAUUUCCUCCCAGUUCAUUGUUGAUGACUCGACACAGUUCACAGUUGGGUUUUGCAACUUCAUCUGUGAGCCGGGAGGACAUUUGGGGAUUUCAGGAUUGAAACAUGUUUUUUUUUUUUUUGUGUAAAGUGGAGGAUGGUUGGUGAGUUGCAAUUUUGGAGAUAUAUAUCUCCACCCAAGAUCGAGCUCUGCGAAAGCUCGAUCCCCACACAAUCAAAAACUGUUGUGUUGUUUCCUGCUGCAACAAGACACUAGUAGCUGUAAUAUUUGGAUUUUUGUGUGUUUUACUGAUUUUUACCACAUUUUCUAAAUAUUAAAAAGAAACACCAUUACUUUUUGUUUGUUCUUUUGGAAAAAAAUAAACAAAAAUAAUGAGCCCUAAUUAUAUAUGCAAAUCUUUCACUGUUCUCCUUGGUGGUUUUCUGUUAAUCUUGUCUAGGACAAUGCCAACACUGUAUUAUGUGGUGGGGGAGGGGUGUAACAGGAAACAAAAGUAUCAUUUAUUUUAAACUUCAUUCCAUUAAACAUGACCCAAUUACUGAUGGAGAAUACACACUCAAUGAAUUGGAUUCCAUGAAUUGUUAUCUUUCCACUGAAUUCUCCUCCCACUUCACUCUUUAAUGUCCUUACUGUUACCAGAAGAGUGCCAAAUGUUUAAACUACUGUCAACUUGGUCUCUGGGCUGAAUAACAGAAUCAGCAGGGUAUCUUUUCAGGUUUUCCUUCUAUGGUUUGAUUUUUUUAUUUAGUUUAUUUCUUUGUUUUUCUUAGGAUGUACAACUGUACUGUCUUGUAUGCUAAUAAGAAAUGAGAAAACUCUCUAAUACACCUUUAUUUUGACUUUCAAUAAAAUGCAUCCUUUUGUUGCAAUAAAUUGUU